AGAAAGAGAGAAACGAAAUCAGUCCCGAAAAGAAAGCUGUAUCAUGUGCUGUGUACAACGCCAUUGCUGGCUUCGCUUCCGCCGGUGCUGCUGCCGGGACCAGCCCCCGUCCACGGCCAGCGCCGGCGGCGCCUCCCGUGAAGGCGACCUUGGCCACCGCCGGCACCUCCUCUCUGGCAUCCCCCUGGGCUCCGCCGCCGUCCCCUUCCACCACCUCCUCCUCCAGUACUCCUACCUCUCCCAGCGCGGACACUACCCCUACUUCCCGGAUCGCGAGAACCAGGACACCCUCUCCAUCAAUACCCAGCUCCAAAGCAACCCGAACCUCCACCUCUUCGCCGUCUUCGACGGCCAUGGCGAUUUCGGCGCCCAGUGCGCCGCCUUCGCCCGCGACCGCCUCUUCGAUCACCUCGCCGGCGACCCCCACCUCCUCGAAGACCCCAUCAAGUCCUUCAAUUCCGCCUUCCUCGCCGCCAAUUCCGAGCUCCACGACAGCGAGAUCGACGACACGAUGAGCGGCACGACGGCGAUCGCCGUCCUCGUCGGUGGCGACACGCUUUUCGUCGCGAACGUCGGCGACUCGAGGGCGGUCGCUGGCGUCUGGAAUGGGGAGGGGGUGGUGGCGGAGGACUUGUCGAGUGAUCAGACGCCGUUCCGGAAGGAUGAGUAUGAGAGGGUGCGGCGGUGCGGGGCGACGGUGCUGAGCGUCGAGCAGGUGGAGGGCUUCAAGGAUCCGGCAAUUCAGAGCUGGGGGGUGGAGAGUGCUUGGGACCCGCCGAGGCUGUGGCUUCCGAAUGAGUUGGAGUUCGGUUUAGCGAUGACGAGGAGUGUCGGGGACUCGAUGGUGGAGAGCAUCGGCGCCAUCGCCGUGCCGGAGGUCAUGACGGUGAAGAUCACUCCGAACCAUCUCUUCUUUGUUGCGGCGAGCGACGGAGUUUUCGAGUUCCUCUCAAGUCAGGAUGUGGUGGAUAUGGUGUUGAGAUACCCAGAUCCCCGAGAUGCCUGCUCUGCGAUUGCUGCAGAAUCUUACAAAUUAUGGUUAGACCAUAGCAGUCGAACUGAUGAUAUAACGAUCAUCAUCGUGCACAUCAAAGACUUGUGUAAUUGAUAUAUCCAGACUGACUGAUCGAUUAAAGCUGCUCGGUAUUCGUCCUACCUUCCAGCGCAAUGUGCCUUAUCUUACUUGUAAACUUACUUUCUAAAGUGA